AUGGGGCGCAUGCACAGCAAGGGGAAGGGGAUCUCGCGAUCCGCCCUGCCCUACAAGCGCACCCCACCAAGCUGGCUGAAGAUCACAGCGGCGGAGGUGACGGAGCUCUGCUGCAAGUCCGCCAGGAAGGGACAGACGCCGUCUCAGAUCGGCGUGCUGCUUCGGGACCAGCAUGGAAUCUCACAGGUGAGGGCCGUGACCAAGAGCCAGAUCCUGCGCAUCCUGAAGGCCAAUGGCCUGGCCCCUGAGAUCCCUGAGGACCUGUACCACAUGAUCAAGAAGGCUGUGUCCAUGCGCAAGCACCUCGAGCGCAACAGGAAAGACAAGGACAGCAAGUUCAGGCUCAUUCUAGUGGAGAGCAGGAUCCACAGGCUGGCACGCUACUACAAGCGUGUGAAGAAGCUGCCACCAAACUGGAAAUACGAGUCUUCCACUGCCUCCGCCCUGGUGUCGUAG